CCAGGGGCAGUUUAGUUCUAUUCGAACGGUCUUCGGGGACGGUACUGCUAGUUUUGAGCGCGCUGAAUUCGCUGAAAAAAGUGCGACGGCAGAAGCAUAACUGAAAGUGUACACACACAUUAUUCUCGAGCCCGUGUACCCGUGUGGCGUGUAUGUUGGAACAUAAGAAGUGCAGCAAAUUAUGAGUUGAAGUUGUUGAAUUAUAAUAAAGAGGAGGAGUACUGUUCCAAGCGUGACGGCGAAGACGUCGACAACGGCGACAAUCGGGUGCGUGUGCUCCGUGUGUGAUGAGAAGAAGUCGUGCCCAAGCGAAACGCAGGAGAGUGUCGAGAAAAUAUGAUAAAGUGAAGUUGUUCCAAACCAAAAAUAUUGAAUUGAAAAGCUUUUAGCUUACAUCAGAUAGCAUGAUCUAAGUGUAUGUAGUGUACGUAAGAAAUAUAUCUAUAAAGAAAGGCGUCAGUGAUAUUGGCAGAAAGUUCCUAGCAAAUAAAAAAAAAUCUCAAACGCAAAAUAAGCGAAAACCUACAAAAGUCAUCAUGUCCUCCAAGAGUAGUUACUGCCCGUGGGCACUCGAGUCCGUGCCGGGCCUCUUACUAGUGCUGCUGCUGAGCACUUCUGUGGCUAGUGAAGCCCAUCGAUUGGUGCAGCUGAAGGCGGACGAGAGUAAUCUGAAUGCGGCCGAGGCAUCAAGUGCUGAUAAAAUUUCGCCCGCUCCAGAUGUUUCCAGUCCGCCCCAUCGAUUCCACGCCAUUUUCCGAGGCGGAUCCCAGUCAACGGUGGUGGAGGCAGCGUCCGCCGAUGCCAUCAGGAAAAUGCUGAGAUCUGCACCGGCAGUCGCUGGUGCCAACGGAACGGCGGCCAGCGCUAAUAAUGGCAAAACUCGUGCAACGACAAAACUCUGCCGUGAAGGUUGCCUUGAAAAGCGUUCCAUCAAGGACAUCCUGUGCACCCAGCAGCGAGAAUGCGCCAUGUGCUGGGACGUGUGCAACCGUAACCACCAGAUUCGGAAGGAGAACGAGUUAGCCCAGCGGUUGCUGCUGAGCCUGAGCCGAAUGGUCCGGAACGAGUCUGUCGUGACGGCGGACAUCGAGUGGACUACACCGGAGGAACUGCUGGAACAUCAACCACACUCGGUUGUGCCAUCACCGCUGGCUGCGAGCGAAAAUGUGGAGCGCCUGUCCAGAAUUGCCCGGGAUGGUGUCAACCCUGGUUCAUCCGUGUCAAAGAUUAUCCAGGCGCUGAGCCAAGCUGUAACCCCCGAAGUUAAGCCCGUAACCACCAGUGAGCAAACCUUCCACCAGUGUCUCGUUUCUUGGGAGAUCUCCGGUGGAGGCCUCACCGGUAAUCUGCUAACCGAAACUGCCAAAGUUGAGCUCUCGUUAUGGCCAAACACCAAGUACCAUGUGCACGUUACGUGCCGAAAUAAGGAAACCGAUCAGCUCAUCCGAUCACCUCCGCUGUUGAUCGAUACGAGCGAAGCACAGAUCAUCAGCCUUCAGGGAACCACGUCUAGCACAUCCUCCACGACCACCACCACCACCACAACCACGACUACCCUGCGGCCACCGUCCAUCAAUUCGGUCAUCGAAGAGAUCGACGUCGUGCAGGCCACUUCCUUCUCCGACGAUGGCGACGUCGACGGCGACGACGGUAACAAUCAGCGCAGUCGCCAUCGGCCCCAUCUUUGGCCGCUGUACAGCAGCUCGGUCGAUCUGCCGGAAAACUCCAAGGAAAUCCUCAUCCUCGGUGUGUUCGUGGCGAUCCUGGCCUUCGUGCUGAUCGUCCUAACGGUCGUCAUUCUGGUCCGACGGAAGCAGGACCAAAUCGAGGACCGGGAGCUGCUGAUCGAGAGCGAAGUCCUGCCGAAGAUUCUGCACGUUUGAUAGGAUACCGCCGGUGAUGACGAUCGCAACAGCAGCAAGUGUUUUCUGUAAAUAGCUGUUCUACUUUUGUUUAUUUUUUCGCGCUUUCACUCUACUUAAACGGUUUAAUUUUAUCUCUAGAUACAAACGUGAGAGAACAAAAAAAAACAUAACCAGUAGCUUUUUCUUCCCCUCUCCUCCUACCCGUUUCUAUUUGUAAAUUAUUGAGUUGUAGUUUUUAAUUAGGCUUUUCACUUUGUUAGUUAUUGCGCUGUAUUGGCAAAAUAAUGGCAUAUGAAUCAGUAUAAAGUAGCAGCCGUGGUAUAAAAUUAAACAAAAAAGAAAAAUACUAGUCCUUUGUGGGUGUGUGUGCGCGCGUCAGUGAGUGUGUGUGUGUGAGUGCGAGCGUACACGUGUUUGCGUAGAACGGAAGUGAUUUACGUGACGACAGAUGGUUAGAUAUGAAUACUCAGAGCAUAGGAAAGAAAUAUAGAGAUGGUUACAAUUAGCCGUGAUGUACGUUAGGAGCCAAAAAUACCGUGAAAUCGAUCGGGUGGAGAAGAUAACGAGAGGCAGGUUUUAUCAAGGUUACUAGUGAAAUGUUUGCUCGAGCAGUCUUUGGAUGUUUAGUGAUUGUACAUUACAGAGAAAAUAAUAAUAAUAAUAAAAGAAAAAGUAAAAACCGAAAGGCAUAGAGAGACAGAAUAACAAAACGAAAACCAAUCAUUAUCGUGUACAUUGUGUAAAAAGACUGAAAAUAUUGUAAAAUAAAAUACUUCAGAGUAAUGAAUCUUGAAAAAAUCUCAAA